AUGGCCAAUCCUCUUGGGGGAGCCAAUCGUCGACGAUUUUCUUCCAUACUCUCCUCCGCCUUCUUACUUCUCGCCUCACCUACACUUUCGGCUGACCCCGCUCCGCAUCCAGAUAGCUCGCAACCCCGAUGGGGUCAAGCUUCCCUUCUCUUAUCCGAUAACUCACUGUUGGUCUACGGUGGAAAGUCGCCCGCAGGUGGAGGAUACACGUUUAGCAGCUCCCCCAAUACGGACGACCUGAUUUCACUUUCUCUCAACAGCUCAUUCUCCACAACAUCUCCACCAUGGCAAUACUUAUCCGGCUCUAGAAUCGCCCAAGGAUCCUCACAGUUGAUCUCGUACGCGACACUCGGUUUGCUGGUUGAACCCACGGCCACCGAUCCAGGAAUUGUCUUGUCGUUCGGGGGCGAUGUCACCCAACAGGAUGCUACUUGGGCUCAGCAACCUAUGCGCCGGGUACGACACACUUUGAUCUCGGCCUCUAGUCCAACUUCACUUCGACUUUGGGCUCUUGGUGGUCAGAAGGGCGAUGGGAGCCAGACUGUGCUUAAUGAGUUAUGGCAAUAUGCCGCCCCGAAAUCGACUCCACUUCAAGGCUCAUGGUCUCAGUGUUCCGGUGCACCAACACCAACUUUUGAUCAUGCGUCCGUCGCGAUGCUCGACUCGUCAAAUCAACUCAGGAUCUACGCCAUGGGCGGGGUGGGCCCCAACCAACAAGCCUUGGAGAUGUCAAACCUUUAUCGAUUCACCCCCGACCUUUCCUCAGAUACAUGUACCGGUCGUUGGGAGACACUUCAACUGCACACGUCUUCAGUGCCGACGGCUCGAAGGGGGCAUUCAAUUGUCAGUCUAUCACCCACCCAAAUAUUGCUCUAUGGAGGCGCCUCAGCCGACGGCGAACGCGUCUACAGUGACCUCUGGCUCUUGGACCUCUCUGCGAUGAGCUGGAGUAACAUGAACCCAGGGGAUAGUAACAGCCCGGGAGCUCGCUGGGGACAUACGAUGGUCCGAGUCGGCAGCAAUGUCGUCGUGGCAUUUGGCUUCGGCAGCCUAGAUGCGAGUCAGGCCGCACCAUCCAACGUUGGGGUCUACGACCUAGAACACCUCAAGUGGACCAACAGUUACUCACUCUCCUCGAAGGCUGACGGUCAAUCCAGCGCGGUCCUGCAAGUACCUGGUCCGGCCGACUCCGCGGCCCAGAACCCUUACAGCUGGCAAGUUCCCGGGCCCAAAGACACUGUCAAACCGCUCCCGAUUCCGUCUACCGGUGGCCCUGCAGUCUCCUCAUCCACCACCAAGGUCUUGGGCAUCACCCUCGGCAUUUUUGGCGCACUGAUCAUUGGCGUGGGCUCAGUGUUGGCGUACCGGUACCAGAAGAAAAUUAAGGGAGAACGCGCGGUGGCAGCCAAUGCGUACAAACAAAAGGCAUACGGCCCAGACUUUGGAGACGGUGACAUGGGCCAUGACGAUGAUAAGGUCCGUCUGGUCAACCAGGAAGAAAGUCUACAUGCGCCCCACAGUAUUCCUCGAGCCUGGGCAGGCAUGAGUCAUCGAUUAGAAAGUAACGUCCCAGGUCCGUUGAAAACCUUGGCCGGAGUUGGCGUCGGCGUUCGUGCACUUUGGCCCCACAAGCGUCACGAUAAGCAUAAGGAACGCUUCGAUAUCCUGGCCGAUGAGGAAAGCGAGGUCUGGGUUUGUACCGACUCUGCCAGCCUGUCCGGAUAUGACGCCAGUAGUCCGUCAUCAAGUUAUAACCGUGACAGGCCAUUGAAAAAGUACGAUGAAUGUUGCCACGAGCGUGUUCGACUGCCACCCCCUCCACCGGUUCCGAUGUCUGAAGUCAAGCAGCAUCUUCCCUCACUAGUCACUACUCGUGGCGGGCUGAGAAUUUGGGAUGGGAUCGAUGAUCCUCCAGAGUCGCAAUAUGGAUUUGGGACCUCGACCAGUUUUCUUGGUGCUUCUCUGGCCCCAUGGAGUGAUGACGGACGAGGGCCUUCGUCGAUUUCUGAGUACGGACAGUACGAGUAUAUGAGGGCCCCCUCUCCAAACACGCACUCCAUUGGUGGUCGAGGAUCGAGCUGCUCCCACGUCCAAGAAGCCUCUGGCGAGAGCUCCUCGCGUUAUGACCCCUUUGCGGAUCCUUACCAUCGUGAGGAGGAAGGCGGCCAUCACACGCGGGAAGGCACAGGAUAUUCGACAGUCGAUCUGGUUGAUUCCCCGCAAGCCAGGAAUGCUACAGCUGACCCGUUCAACAACGAGGCCGAGACUGCCGAUCACUGGGGUCACUCUGGCGCAGGUUUAUCGAAACUGAGUCUGGUCAGCCCCCCUGGUAAUCCGUUACUAUCACCGAAGCACCUCGAACGAGGCGGGAGCUGGUGGGACCGGCUUCGAUAUGGCUCGGACAAGCAUGGCGUAGUCGACCACUCACCUGGGGCCAUCCACCCCAUCCGAGAUCCGACUCCGGCCCCUCCGAUCCCCCCGAUCAAUCGAUCCGAGGACGCCCAUCCAGCCCACACUCCGGAGUCAGUUGACCAACCUAUAGACGAGCAUGGGAGAUGUCGGAAUCGGUCGAGCUCCAAGGAGAAUGAUGAAGGCCAGAAUAACCAGACCCAGACGUCCCAGACCUCGAAUAAGACGGCCUCGACGGCGACCUCGUCGAUGAUCGAAGCGGCGACGGCACACAUGACGGUGGUCCAACGACUACGGACGAUCGACAGCAGUCGGAUGUCGGACUCAUCGUCGGUGCCCACCAGCUUCCAGAGCCAGCCCAGUCUUUCUUCCCCCACCAUCCCCGAGUCUCAGCUCGCCACACCCACCUUCCUCCCGUCGCCCGACUCCCUCACUGAGCGUCCCCUGUCGCCCCGCCCCAAAGGCCCCCGUCCUAACUCGCCCAUCCUGCUCUGCACCACCCCGCAUUCCAGCUCGAUCCUCACUUUGGUCGACCCUCUCUCACCGGUCGAACCACUGCAAAACUGCGCCGUCAAACGACCACCCGCUAAGCGCACACAAACCGCUGGAUCCACCGGCGUCCGCGCAAUGGUCAAACAGUUCGAAAAUCCUCCCGUCCUCCAACCUCCCUCCUCCGAUCUCCAUCAUCCUAAACUGGCUAAGCCUCCUAGACCCGCUGAGCGCGUUAAGGUCGAACGUAGCCUCGUCAAAAAACCUUUGCUCUUCGUCGCUAAUCCCGACAAAUAAAAAUAAAAAAAAAAUCUUUUUCUUCCAACCCUUCUUCCUUCAUUUACUUUGUC